AUGGAAUCGUUAGAACAACUGCGGGUGGGCUGGAUAGGCCUAGGGUCAAUGGGUCUGGCCAUGGCAACCAACAUCCAAAAACACAUACAACAGCAUCCAGACGCUUAUCCGCCGCUAAAAUACUGGAAUCGAACACUCUCACGAGGCAAACCGUUGGAAGAGCUUGGUGCCACGGCGUGUGCCACAGUGGCCGAUCUAGUCCAAACCUGCAAUGUCAUUUUCAUAUCUGUCAGCGACGACACGGCCCUAAUAACCCUUGCAGCCAUCAUCCAAUCCAGCGGCCCUCUCUCCCAAAAAGUUAUCAUUGACACAACCACGGUGCAUCCCUCCACCACAACUACUAUCUCCACUUCCUUCGCCCAGAAAAAUGCUUCAUACAUCUCCGCCCCCGUCUUCGGCGCCACUCCCGUCGCAAUCGCAGGCCAGCUCCUCGUCGCCGUAGCCGGACCGCCCCAAGCAAUCACCCGUGUAACACCACUACUCAAAGGCGUCCUGGCACGCCGCGUACUCCACGUCGGCGACGAAGCCUCACAAGCCAUGCUCCUCAAAACCACCAGCAACUUCAUCACCGCAGGCCUCAUGACCUUGCUCUCCGAAGCCCACGUUCUAGCCGAGUCAUCUGGACUCCCCUCAUCCACCCUCGAAUCCCUUAUCGAAGAAAACUUUGGCGCGUAUGCACUCGGCGUGUCGCGCCGCUUAACUUCUGGAUCUUACCUCCCUGCCGUGGGGCAGGCGCCGGCGUCGGGGCUGGAGCUCGGGAUUAAAGAUGUGGGACAUGGGGUUGCGAUUGCGAGGGAAAGGGGUGUGGAAUUGAAGAUAGGGGAGAUGUAUCUUGAGGCUGCGGAGGGGGCGAGGGGGUAUGCGGAGGAGAGGGGGAGGAGGGCGGAUAGUAGUGCGGUGUAUGGGGUUUUGAGGCAGAGGGCUAGGUUGGGGUUUGAGAGUGAGGUUGUUAGACGGAGGGAUGGGGUAGAGGAGGAGGGAAAGGAGUUAGAGGAUGCGCUGCGGAAAUAG